UUGAUCCAGGAGAAGUUCUUCUCGCGAGAUCUGCUGUGUCCUCCAACGUCCGUGAUUUGACAGCAAGUCAGAAAAAAGGACAAGCGCUCUAAAAUCAUGGUUUUCGAGGAGAAGAUGAUUACAAACGGAGAGCCUGAAGACGAGGAAGAGGAGGAGGAAGAGGACAUGGUGGAUCCUAUUGAAACACUGCGACAGACGUGUGAAUCGAUGGACCACUGCGUUCACACUCGGGAGCGUUUGGAAAAGUGUGAAACCAGAGUUGGCUCUCGCUCGACAGAAGAGGAUUGUACUGAGGAGCUGUUUGACUUCCUUCAUGCUCGGGACCACUGCGUGUCUGACAAACUGUUUCAUUCUGUCAAAUGAAGCCUCUCCAGUUCAACCACUUGCUGAUGAUAUUCUUCAAGUAUGGUAUUAUCAGAAGAACAUGGUUUAAAUGCAUCCAUAUAUGAUCUGCUGUAAGUUAUUACUCUAAAAUGUGUACUUUAUCUGCUCAUGUGAAGUAUUUAACAAUCUAAUGUGAGUAAACAUUUCAUUAAACCUGAUUGAAAACCA